AGUCGAUGUUUAUCUCGUCGUGAUCUCAAAGUUUCAUUCUUCAAAUUCAAUUGGCAUCAGACUUCCGGCGCGAUGUCGUGGAUAGCGGCUAGACCCCGGCCGAGCGACGGUUCGGCUCCGGAGCAGACAGUGCACAAACACCUGACCAGCAAUUUUACUCACAAACCUGUUAGGCCACUACGGACCGGAGAUCGGUGCCGCGCCGUUGAUCAACGGACUGCGGGGGUGUUAGUCGAAGGAUCGCUGUGCUCCCAGGCAGGAAGAUAUUACGUCGGUCAGCCCCGUCUGCCAUGGACGGUGAGCUCUCUCUCUCUCUUUUCUUCCUUCUGUGUGUUCAUACCAUAUGGUCAUUCGGUUGUGAUUGUACCCUUCGGUCAAGAUGCGUCUCUCCCAGUCUGUCCUCGCCUUGGGUGCGGCCGCCGCCUCGUCGGCUCUCGCCCAGGAACAAAAGGUUCUAAACGGCGGCAAGCUACCAACUGUUGACUUUGGUGCCAUUGACACGGAUAGCUGGUGGUCUCCCCUCGAGAACCUCUGGGGUGAGGCUUCCAGCGAGAUCAAGGCUACCUGGAACGAGGUGUCCAUGCUGGUGCCUGGUGCCCUCGAGACAUUCAAGAAGGCGACGCUCGCUCAGCCGGAGCCAGCAACAAGGCGCCCCGCGAGCGACUAUGACUUCCACGUCAAGGGCGCCGACGUCGCAGACAUCGUUGUGGAGACAGAGGGCGAGACGCACCGCAAGGUGGACGGAGAAUUGAGCGACUACGGCCUGAGGGUGAAGUCGGUCGAUCCGUCCAAGCUCAAGGUGGACGACGUGAAGCAGUACUCUGGUUAUCUAGACCAGUACGAGGAAGACAAGCACCUCUUCUUCUGGUUCUUUGAGUCUCGCAACGACCCCAAGAACGACCCCGUGAUCCUUUGGCUCAACGGUGGUCCAGGAUGCUCCUCGAUGGUGGGCUUGUUCUUCGAGCUUGGUCCCGCCCGGAUCAACGAGAAGCUGGAGCCUGUCCGCAACCCGCACGCUUGGAACAACAAUGCGUCCGUCAUCUUCAUCGAGCAGCCGGUCAACGUGGGGUACUCGCACAGCCCCAAGGCCGUCAAGGACUCGACGCAGUCGGCCAAGGACAUUUACGCCAUGCUCAGCCUGUUCUUCCACCAGUUCCCCGAGUACGCCACGCAGGACUUUCACCUUGCUGGCGAGUCGUACGGGGGCCACUACAUCCCAGCCAUGGCGGCGGAGAUCCUGUCGCACACGCACCGCAACAUCAACAUCAAGAGCGCCAUGGUCGGCAAUGGCCUCUCGGACGUGCUCACGCAGUACGCCUAUUACAAGCCGUACGCGUGCGACGGGGCGGGCGGCUGGCCGGCGGUGCUCGAGGAGCCAGAGUGCGAGGUGAUGGACAAGUCGCUGGACCGGUGCCAGUCGCUGAUCCAGCGCUGCUACGACACGGAGAGCGCCUGGACGUGCGUGCCGGCGCACCUGUACUGCAACAACGCGCUGAUCCUGCCGUAUACGCGGUCGGGCCGGAACCCGUACGACAUUCGCGACCCGUGCGAGGACGAGGCGAACCUCUGCUACACGGGCAUCAAGUACGUGACCGACUACCUCAACCAGCCCGAGGUCAUUGAGGCCGUGGGGUCCGAGGUGGACCACUACGGUAGCUGCAACUGGGACGUGAACCGGGACUUUACGCUCACGGGGGACUGGAUGAAGCCGUUCUACCGGCUGACGGCCAAGGUGCUCGAGGAGAUUCCCUUUCUCAUCUACGUGGGCGACGCCGACUUUAUCUGCAACUGGCUGGGCAUCAAGGCGUGGGUGGAGCGGCUGGAGUGGGCGCACAGGGAUGCCUUCAACGAGGCGGAGCUGGGGUUCCUGACGUAUGGCGGGGACGAGGAUGGCGAGAGGUACGGUCGCGUCAAGACGAGCCACAACUUUACGUUUGUCAAGAUCUUCAAGGCCGGGCACAUGGUGCCUUAUGACCAGCCGGAGGCGGCGAGCGACAUGAUCAACCGGUGGAUGUCGGGCGAGUGGACAGCCUGAUCUGGGGGUGGAGCGAAUACUGGUUGAAGUCUAGUGGAUGCUUGAUAGAUGUGCAAUUUGAUGGUGAUCAAUUGA